UUUCCCCUCCCAUCUUCCCAGAACGGUGGACGUGCUCACCUCCGCUCUGGGCCAGGUCUAUGUCCCGGUUUCCCGCCGUCGCGGGCAGGGCGCCAAGGCGGCAGGAGGAAGGUGAGCGAUCAAGAGACCUCCAAGAAGAGCGGCCUUCGGCAGUUCCCAUCGCGGAUAGAGAAGAGAAAGGAUGCACAUCACAGGAGGGAGGAACUACUCCAACUUUUCCUAUUCAAAAACAAAGAAAAAAGCUUAUUCAAGCUGUGAGGGACAAUUCAUUCCUUAUUGUUACUGGAAAUACAGGAAGUGGUAAAACAACUCAACUCCCAAAAUAUCUAUAUGAAGCAGGGUUUUCACAACAUGGUAUGAUUGGUGUGACUCAGCCACGAAAAGUAGCUGCCAUAUCUGUUGCUCAGAGGGUUGCUGAAGAAAUGAAAUGCACUUUGGGAUCCAAAGUAGGAUACCAAGUUCGUUUUGACGAUUGCAGCUCUAAGGAAACAGCAAUCAAAUACAUGACUGAUGGAUGUUUACUGAAACAUAUCCUGGGAGAUCCAAAUCUUACCAAGUUCAGUGUCAUUAUAUUGGAUGAAGCCCAUGAGAGAACUCUAACUACAGACAUCUUAUUUGGUUUAUUGAAGAAGCUGUUUCAGGAGAAGUCUCCUAAUAGGAAAGAGCAUUUAAAGGUCGUAGUGAUGUCAGCAACUAUGGAAUUAGCCAAGCUCUCUGCAUUCUUUGGAAAUUGUCCAAUAUUUGAUAUACCUGGAAGGCUUUAUCCGGUCAGAGAAAAAUUCUGCAAUUUGAUUGGUCCACGAGAUAGAGAAAAUACUGCAUAUAUUCAAGCGAUUGUCAAAGUGACCAUGGAUAUCCAUUUGAAUGAAAUGGCUGGAGACAUCUUGGUUUUUCUGACUGGUCAGUUUGAAAUCGAAAAAAGUUGUGAGUUACUUUUUCAGAUGGCAGAGUCUGUUGAUUAUGAUUAUGAUGUCCAAGAUACCACUCUAGAUGGCUUGCUAAUAUUGCCGUGUUAUGGAUCUAUGACAACAGAAACUGGCUUAAUCAAACUGAGCAUCUCUUGGACCUUAUUCCAAAUUCACAGGAGAAUGAGACUGGCCCAGUUGAAGGGAGAUGUUUAUCUUUGGUGCCACAAACUAUGGCCAGAGGAGCAAGAUCAACAGAGAAGAAUAUUUUUGCCACCUCCACCUGGAAUUAGAAAAUGCGUCAUAUCCACCAAUAUUUCUGCAACAUCUUUGACAAUAGAUGGAAUCAGAUAUGUGGUAGACGGUGGCUUUGUGAAGCAGUUAAAUCACAAUCCCAGACUAGGAUUGGACAUCCUAGAGGUGGUUCCGAUUUCAAAGAGUGAGGCCUUACAGCGAAGUGGCCGAGCUGGCAGGACUUCCUCAGGAAAAUGCUUUCGCAUCUAUAGUAAAGAUUUUUGGAACCAGUGUAUGCCUGACCAUGUGAUCCCUGAGAUUAAGAGAACUAGUUUGACAUCUGUAGUUCUGACCUUAAAGUGCCUUGCCAUACACGACGUAAUAAGGUUUCCAUAUUUGGAUCCACCUAAUGAGAGACUUAUUUUGGAAGCUCUUAAACAACUCUACCAGUGUGAUGCUAUUGACAGGAGUGGCCACGUGACCAGAUUGGGUUUGUCUAUGGUAGAAUUUCCUCUCCCUCCACAUCUGACAUGUGCAGUAAUAAAGGCUGCUUCUCUGGACUGUGAAGACCUAUUACUUCCAAUAGCAGCAAUGCUGUCUGUGGAAAAUGUCUUCAUUAGACCUGUUGAUCCAGAGUACCAGAAGGAAGCAGAACAGAGACAUCGAGAAUUGGCAGCUAAAGCUGGAGGAUUUAAUGACUUUGCGACUUUAGCUGUCAUCUUUGAACAGUGCAAAUCAAGUGGAGCUCCAGCUUCGUGGUGCCAGAAACAUUGGAUUCAUUGGAGGUGCUUAUUUUCUGCAUUUCGUGUUGAAGCUCAACUUAGAGAACUGAUCAGGAAGCUUAAACAGCAAAGUGACUUCCCAAGAGAGACCUUUGAAGGCCCUAAACAUGAAGUACUGCGAAGAUGUCUUUGUGCAGGUUAUUUCAAAAAUGUAGCUCGCAGGUCUGUUGGGAGAACGUUUUGCACAAUGGAUGGGCGUGGAAGCCCAGUUCACAUUCAUCCUUCCUCAGCACUUCAUGAACAGGAAACCAAACUUGAAUGGAUCAUUUUCCACGAGGUAUUAGUUACCACCAAAGUCUACGCAAGAAUUGUGUGUCCAAUCCGUUAUGAAUGGGUGAGAGACUUGUUACCCAAGUUGCAUGAAUUUAAUGCACAUGAUUUGAGCAGUGUGGCCCGACGUGAAAUGAGAGAAGAUGCAAGAAGGAGGUGGACCAAUAAGGAAAAUGUAAAGCAUCUAAAGGAUGGAAUACCAAAAGAAGUCCUAAAGAAAAUGCAAAGAAGAAAUGAUGAUAAAUCCAUAUCAGACGCACGUGCUCGUUUCCUUGAGAGAAAGCAGCAGAGGUCCCAGGAUCACAGUGACACCCUGAAGGAAACAGGCUAAGCAGUGAACCCUCCAAUUCAGGAAGUAGGAAAAGCAGCCAGAAAAUGUGCUUCUGCUUUGCCAUUUAUGUCAGACAGCACUACCAAGAGGAAGUGGUCAGCAGCUGUUUUUAGCAUACGAGUUAAAAGCAAAUCAAAGCUCAUCAGUACCAAUAAAUGGAAUUUUCAAAGAAAAGAUUGAGCUGCCAUAGUCAUAGGAAAUAAUAUAUGAAACCAAUGAAAGACAAUAUAUGUGAUAUUUUCCUCACUUCAAUUUUGCUGGCCUUAACUGGUAUCAAAUGCUGUCAGUGAGAUAUUUUCAAAGAACAUUGAAUUGUAUUUAAUCAGCGUGUAUUCCAUUUGCAUUGAAGCAUUAAAAAUUAUUUUCCUUAAAUCUCUUUAAGGCCUUCUUGUUGCUAUUAGAAUAGUAUUAUAUCAGGUUAUCAGGUAUGUGACCAUUUCCUUCUGAAGGCUGAACAUAAAAGAGGUUUUUACUGAGCAAUACUUAGAUGUCUAACCGUUUAAUUGCUACAGAGCUUUAUAGAUACUUAGAGAAAAGACUUAAUCAAUUAGUAAAUAAGAAAAUUGCCUAUGGCAAGAUUCUUUGUUGAAUUAAUAUUAAUCCUUAAGUUGAUUUUUCUGGGAUUAUACAAAUUCCUUUUUAUAUAAAAGUAUAUUGUUUAAAACAGUAGCUAUAGCCAUUAACCAAAGGACAGAUGAUAUAUAUAUGUUCUUUUUUUAGCUGUCCCUACAUACUUGUAUCAGCACCAUGUAUGUAGGUGUGACAGUGUUUCAAACAGCCCUUCCACCUGGCCUACUCUCUUGCCUCCAGCUGCUUGGGUAGGACCAUUUAAACAUCUAUUACGCCGAUCUUGAAAUGGGAUUUUCAAAGCAGCCAACACUGCAUCACCAGUGUUUCAAAUUGGAACCUUGAGGCUAGUUAGUAUCACACUCAGGCCACACUCAGCACUUGUCCACUCUGUUGUUUACUGCCUUGUAUUCUAGUUAUUUGUGUAUUUGUCUGUCUCCCCCACUAGAUUAUACGCUCCUUGUGGGCAGGGACUAUGUCUUUUUCAUCUUUGUAUCUUUCAUGGGACCUAGCACAGUGCUUUGCACAUAGUAGUCAAUGUUUGUUAAAUAAAGCUAUUAGUGUCGUUCAAAUUCAAAAGGCA